CCAUCGUUUUGUGCCCUGACAGAAUGCCAAAGCGAACCCCAGUGCGCAAUACGCACCACGUAAUUCGCCGGCCCACUACCCACCCACUGACACGCGGCAUGAGAAAGGAAUAGAACCAGAGAGAGCCAGUGCGCACUGCGCACUCUUAGCGGCCUUAAUUAGCCAACUUUGUUCAUGCAUAUAACUCUGCCAACCCAUGCGCUUCGGCUACUGUUCGCUACUUUCCUCUAAAAACGCUUUCCUUUCCUCUUCUCCUCCUCUGUCUCUCCCAAAGACCGAAACCCUAGCUCUGCACAACAAAGAGAGAGAAAUGGAAGAGAAGAAGUACGUAGCGAGGCCGAUGAAGAGGCCUUCCCGUGACUGCGAGAACUCGGAAAGGCCGACGAAGAGAACGUCCAUGGAAGUGGUGACGAUUAAUGACGAUGAUGACGGUGGAGGAGGCCAAAGGUUAUAUAAGUUUCGAUUGUUGUUACCAAACGGUAUGAGCUUGGGACUCAAAAUCCGAGAUCCUCAAAUGGAAAUGUCUAUCGAAGAGUUUGUUGAGCUAGUGAAAGAAGAGUAUUUCAGGGCUGUGCGUAGUCAAACGAAUCCUCAGAAGCCCAAGCGAAGGAUUAAUUGGAAAAGCAACGACUUGCAUUUUGUGGAUGUUUUCGAUAACGUGAUGGCGAGAAAAAUCAGUUUCAAGAAUUUUAUGCCCCAUAAGUAUCACAUUCUAACGCUUCAUGAUGGCUCAGGGGAAGCAGAGACUUAUGAGAAUAUGUGGGAUCUGACUCCAGAUACCGAAUUGCUGAUGGAGCUACCUGCAGAGUACACAUUUGAGACUGCGCUUGCGGACCUCAUUGAUAAUUCCUUGCAAGCCGUAUGGUCCAAUGGUGUAAAUGAGAGGAGAUUAAUUAGUGUGGAACUUGAUGAUGAUAGAAUUUCAAUUUUUGACACUGGCCCAGGAAUGGACGGUAGCGAUGAAAACUCCAUAGUUAAGUGGGGAAAGAUGGGUGCUUCUUUGCACAGGUCAUCGAGAGGGCAAGGAAUAGGAGGCAAACCUCCGUAUUUAACGCCUUUUUUUGGGAUGUUUGGGUAUGGAGGGCCAAUAGCUUCCAUGCAUCUAGGCAGGCAUGCUUUGGUUUCUUCUAAGACCAAAGAAUCUAAGAAGGUCUACAUUCUGUGCCUUGAACGAGAAGCUUUACUCUGCAGUUCUGGUUCAGAAAAGACAUGGAGGACUGAUGGUGGCAUCAGGCAUCCCACAGAAGAUGAAAUAAGGUCACAUCAAUGUUCCUUUACCAAGGUUGAGAUUUUUGAGCCUAAAAUGAGAGGCUUGGACAUAGCGCAACUCCAAUGCAAAUUGAAGGACAUCUAUUUUCCAUAUAUUCAGUGUGAUGAAGUGUCUAAUACAGGCAGAACAAUCAUGCCAAUUGAGUUUGAGGUCAAUGGCACUGACUUAGCAGAAAUACACGGUGGCGAGGUUGCUAUCACAAACUUGCACUCCUGCAAUGGUCCGGAGUUUGUUCUACAAGUUCAUUUUAGUCAGGAUGUUGUGGGAACAAGUGGACCAGGAGUAAGAGCAUCUAAAGACGCAAAUGCGCGUUUGAAGUUCGUUUACUUUCCAAUUGUUGAGGGUAAGGAGAGUAUUGAUAGUAUUUUGGAAAAGUUGGAAGCGGAAGGAUGUGGAAUUGCAGAGAACUUUGAAAACUUUAGUCAUGUAUCUAUCCGACGGCUUGGUCGUCUACUUCCAGAUGCUCGCUGGACAUGGAUACCUUUUAUGGAGCCUAGGCCAAAAAAGGGAGAGAAGGCCCAAAUUUUGAAGAGAUGCUGCACGAGAGUUAAAUGCUUUAUAGAUACUGAUGCUGGUUUUAAUCCUACACCGUCAAAGACUAAUUUAGCGCAUCAUCAUCCUUAUACUACUGCCUUGAAGAACUUUGGUGACAAGCCCCUAGAGAAAGACAAAGAAGUCAAAAUCAAAAUUUAUAAAGAUGGGAAGCAAGUGACACUUUUACAACUAGAGCAGCAGUAUCAGGAAUGGAUUUUUCAGAUGCAUAAUCGUUAUGAUGAAGAAAUUGAUCAUGGUGAGGAUCAACCUCUUCUUGUAGUCAGCCCCUCAAACAAAAAGAAACUUGGCAUUUCUGCUGAUGUUGUGAGGGUUCACAAAGAGCUCCGAAGGAAAGGAGCACCCUGGAAAUCAGGGCAGAAAAUCAAAGUUCUGAAAGGAGCAUGUGCAGGAUGCCACAAGAACAAUGUUUAUGCUACAUUAGAGUACAUUUUGCUUGAAGGUUUUGAAGGGGAUGCAGGUGGGGAAGCUCGGCUUAUUUGCAGACCACUAAGUCUCGCGAGUGAGAAUGGCUGCAGCCUUGCAGUGGAUGAUGGGAAUGCUGCUAUUGAUAUGCGCAGCUCUUUGUCCUUACCUAUUAGUGUGAUUGAUUCUGGAAAGUGUCUGGCUAUUGAAAAUGCUGAGUGGGAGUACCAAGUUGAGAAACUACAUCAGAAAAUGCCAACUACAAUAGAAAUAUUGAGUGCAAGAGAUUGUCAAGAGUUGGAGAUUGAAGGGGCUUUACCCACCGAUUCUGCUGUUUAUGCUGGUCAUGCUCCUCCCAAGAAAAUUGUUGCUGUUGUUCGUCCUGCAUCUUUUAAUUCUGCAAGUGCUUCUAAGAACUUGGAUCAAAAGCACAUUGUGAAGGAACAUUUAGAGAUGAGCAUAAAAAUCAAAUUUAGAGAUGAUGACAAGAGUGUCCUAGAUGUUCAGCAUGUUUAUUCUGGAUUGACAACUCCUUCAUCCCAUAAAGGGCUUCAUGGUUUAUAUAUAUUUCCCCUUGGAUGCAAGUUUCCUAGUGUAUUUCAAAAAGCUGGUGUCUAUACAUUUUCAUUGUCUAUUGUAGGGUUGAAUUUGAAGAGUUGUGAAAGAACAGUAAAGGUUAAGGCAUUGUCUGAGGUUGGGAGUUGGAGACAAUUAAGUGAUGGACAGAGUCUACCCUAUAAUGUGAGGGUUGGUUCGUGUUUUCCACCUUUUUCCAUUGCAUGCUAUGAUAUAUAUGGAAAUCGCACAGCUUUUGCAUCUGUUCCAGAAGUGAUGAUCAAGAUUUUGUCAGGAGGGGGGGUCAUUGCUAAUGUGCAUGGAAUGACAUUGGAUCUUUCAUCCGAUAAAUUGACUUUGAAAAUCAAGAAUACAUUGAUUGAAAGUAAUGAGCUGGACAAGAUUCGGCCAAAUUAUGAAGCCACUUUAGUUGUUUCUCCACAAGAUGAGUUGUUUAUUGUUUCCAUUCCAUGUCAAGUUGUUCCUGGAUCCUUACAACGGAUUACCACCCAACCAAGAAAUUUAGAUAAGCAAUUACUUCCAGGGCAUGCAGUUAAGGAGCUUGUAUUAGAGAUGUUUGAUGCAUAUGGUAACCAUGUCGAAGGGUGCUUGGAAAUUGUGUUGAAUGUGGAUGGAUUUUGUUUUCAAGAUCAUCUAGGCCCUAUUCGUAAGGUAGAUGUGCAUGGGUGUAUUGACCUUAGUGGCCUCUUGAAGGUCACAGGGGGCUAUGGAAGAAAAGUGUCCCUUUCUGUUUUACUGGGCAACGAAAUAAUCUUCAAGAAAGAGUUUCAAACUGAGAAGAGAGAGCUCAGAGUUGCAUCCAGGGUCCCUGAAUUUUGCACUGCUGGAGCUCUACUGGAAAACUUGGUCUUUGAAAUCAUUAACUCUGAUGGUGAUGUGGAUGAAACUAUCCAUGAUGAAGAGUUACAAGGCCAAUCCCAUAUGCUCAUGAUUAAGUCAGAGUCCUUGGAUACCGAUGAUUCAGUGAGAUACAGUUUCCAUUAUGGCCGGUGCAUAGUUCGUGCUAUUUCCCUCCCACAAAAGGAAGGGUUAGUCUGCCUUGAAGCUGCUCAUUCACGUCACCCAGAGCUCCAUUUGACGAUCGAGGUUCGUGUUCUGGAAGCUCCAAAAGUGGAUCCUGAAAGUAUCCAACCUCAGUAUACAGAUGGAAAGGUCUUUCUGCUUGAGGACUCAUCUGCUCUUAAGACUCCAAAAGGGAAGCAUGAUGGUAUACGUGGUCAAUUUUCAGAUGGAAAGAUCUUGCUCCUUCAGGACUCAUCAGGUCCUAAGGAUUUAGAAGACUUAGUGGCAUCAGUCAGGAAUGAUCAGAAGGAACUUGAGGAGGCUAUUUUUAAUUAUGGUUUGGCUGUUGGACAUUACGAAAAGGCACUGGAAAUGCUUCAUAUUCGGCGGGUGACACUCGAACAUCACGUGUCUGUGUUGCAAGCCAAUUUGUCUGGGAAAGAGGCAAUAAUGGAACUGAUUGAAAGCAAGACAGACUCUGCAGCCGCUGUUGUCUGCAGACUCUUUAGAGAAAUCCCACUGCGAGGGCAACAGAACAACUUCAUUGCGAAGAUACUGGGCAUUGUUGCUUUUCUUGGAACAGUUAAAACCAAAGAGCUUAGCAGGAUAUUAACUGAGUAUCUGGGUGAGGAUCUGAUGCUGGCAAUUGUAUGUAAAUCCUAUGCAUCUGCACAUGCACUAGAGAAGUAUGAACGUAGUGGAAAUGUGAAUCAUGCAUGUGCUCUUCAUGCAAUAGCAACUAAACAAGGACAAUCUAUUAAAGGCCGUUAUCUUGUUAUAUGCCUUGAGGAUAUAAGGCCUUACACGGGAGAGUUGGGCGAUGAUCCUGAGAGGAAGCUUGCAUUGCCAGAUCCUACCUUACCAAAUGGAAAUACUCCGUCAGGUUAUUUAGGGUAUGCAGUUAAUAUGGUAGGCCUAGAUGCCCGUCAUUUGCACAUCAGAACAAAUACGGGCCAUGGUCUUCGAGAGACUUUAUUCUAUUGUCUCUUUGGCAACCUUCAAGUUUAUGAAACUAGGGAAAACAUGAAAAUGGCAAAGGCCUGCAUAAAACAUGGUGCAGUCUCCCUGGAUGGUGGGAUCAUGAAAGGAAAUGGGGUUCUGUCUCUUGGACAUUGGGAAUCCGAGAUUUGUUUUCCAGUUAUUGUACCUGGAACUCAAACACAUUUCUCACAGCAGAGCCCGGAAAUCGUGAAGCAGAUUGAAGAAACAAAGUUUGAGUUAAAAGAGGUAAACGAUGAAAUAGAGAAAGACACUAAAAUCGUUGAGAAAGUCUUGAAAAAGUUCAAGAAGACAAAAGAAAGAUACGUGGAGUUCUUGGACAAGAAGGUUCCCUUGCUAAGCAAACUUGAUGCUUCUCUUUGCUGAUCCAACCGAGUGGCAUUUUCAUUUGUCUGUGAUGGUUAUUCCAAUUAUCUCAAAAAACUCAUUUUGUCUUUAUAUUUAUAUGGUCAUUGCAUAUUCAUUUUGUGUAUAUUAAUAUAUAUGACCGUUUACAAGAUUUGCAACUGCAACUUGCAUAGCAUGGGUUACCUGACAUGGAUGCUCAACAAACACAUACGACAUACAGAGUUUAAAGACUGCAUUACAUUUUGUUUAGAAGUUUCCUUUCAAAUAUUAUUGUUAUUUUUUUGUAUAUUUUGUGUAUAUAUUUAUAUGAUGUAAUUGGUGAAAUUUCAGUAUAUGCUUGCUGUUGCUGCUGUUGAAGUAUUA